AAGCAUUUCAUUCCCAACUCAUUGGAACAUACAUUUGAGAGCCAGAGACCCUCUGAGCAGCCCAAGAUAUAGGAGUGACAUAGGGAACUAUAGAAGAUGUUGAGAUCAUUGUGUAUUGUUUUAGCAGUGGUGUUAAGUGUUGAUGGACAUGGAAGAUUGAUCUGGCCACCUGGGCGUUCCAGCCUUUGGCGCUGGGGGUUUGACAACCCAGUGAAUGUAGAUGAUGCUGAGUUAUACUGUGGUGGAGCAUCACAUCUUUGGAAUGUGAAUGAUGGAAAAUGUGGAGUAUGUGGAGAUCCCUAUGAUGGAGAACGACGCAAUGAAGCAGGAGGAAUAUACGCUAAUGGGAUUAUUGGAGCUACAUAUGAGGUUGGGGCAGCCAUACCUGUAACCGUUGAUCUGAUUGCCAACCACAAAGGCUGGUUUGAGUAUCGUCUUUGUCCAAACAAUGACUACACAAAAACGAUAACACAUGAUUGUCUCAACCAGAAUCUCCUUUCUCUGGGUGGAGCUGAAGCAGUACAUGGCACAAGGUACCCUCUCCCAGAUGACAGUAGAAGAAACUUCACUGUGUCUGUACAGUUGCCAGCUGGUCUGUCCUGCUCCCAAUGUGUCUUACAAUGGAAGUAUAAUGCAGGUAACAGUUGGGGAGUAGACCCAGAUGGCACAGAAUGUCUGGGAUGUGGCGAACAGGAACAAUUCUACAGUUGUGCAGAUAUAAGUAUUGGUGACUACACUCCAUCUCCAACUACAGCUGCUGGAGACACCACUACAGCUGCUGGAGACACCACUACAGCUGCACCAACAACUACAGCUGGGAUUAUUGUGACACAAACUACUACAGAACCCACUACUGCUACCAUAGUGACUACCACUACCACUGCAACCACUACCCCUCCAACUGGGGGGAGCUGCUACCCUACCCCAGAGUGGGAGACAAUGCCAGGGAUGGACCAGUGGUGCAUAGAUAACUGUGCUAUUGGCAACUGUCCUCCCGACCAGUGUUACUGUAUUUAAACAUUUAAAAAGUUGUUUGUUCGAAAGGAUCAGUAAUAAAACAAUUGC